AUGCCUGGGCCCGAUGGACUUGCAGCUGUCGGCGGGGACGAGGCUUUGGCAGAGGCAUUGUACGGCGACCCUACGCGCCUAACGGAGCCAAUAAAGGCAGUACAGGACAAGUUCGCGUUGCUCCCUGCCUUUCUGAAGGUCCGCGGCCUGGUGAAGCAGCACCUGGACUCCUUCAACUUCUUGCUGAACUCGGAGCUUCGGAAGAUUGUGGCGGCCAACGAGAAGGUCACCUGCGACACGGACCCCAACUUCUACCUCAAGUACACCAACAUCUACGUGGGGAGUCCCAGCAUGGAUGAGGACAUGGUGCAGGUCGGCACCACGCCGCAGCAGUGCCGUCUGCGUGACGCCACCUACUCGGCACCCAUCACGGUGGAUAUAGAAUACACCCGCGGCAAGGAGAUUGUGGUGAAGAGGGGCCGCGGCGGCGUAGGGGCAGUGUGUAUUGGCCGCAUGCCGCUGAUGCUUCGGUGCGACAGAUGUGUACUGUACGGCAAGAAUGAGGCGCAACUGGCGCAGCUCGGCGAGUGCCCCCUGGACCCAGGUGGUUACUUCAUCGUACGUGGCACGGAGAAGGUCAUCCUGAUUCAGGAGCAGCUGAGUAAGAACCGCAUCAUCGUCGACACGGACAGCCACGGAGAGGUCAUCGCCUCGGUCACCUCAUCCACCCACGAGCGAAAAUCCAAGACCAACAUCGUGUUCUCUAAGGGCAAGAUCUACCUCAAACACAACGCCUUCCAGGACGAUGUGAACAUCAUGGUGGUGCUGAAGGCGAUGGGCUGCGAGUCAGAUCAAGAGGUGGUGCAGGCGGUGGUGGGCGGCGGCUUCGGCGUGAGGGCGGCGAGCGGCCGCGACGGCGGGUUGGACGCCAAGAGCUUGGGCGUCUUUACUCAGAUGCAGGCGCUAGAUUACCUAGGUACGCGCUUGCGUAAGCGGCGCAAGAGCAAGGUGGACGAGGCGCGGGACGUGCUCGCCAACGUGGUACUAUGCCACGUUCCCGUGCCCAGGUAUCAGUUCGCCCACAAGAUUGCCUACGUGGCGGUUAUGAUGCGCCGUAUGCUGUACGCCGUACUGGAUCCGGCAUGCAUCGACGACCGGGAUUACUACGGCAAUAAGCGUCUUGAGCUAGCCGGCGCGCUGAUGUCGCUAUUGUUCGAGGAUCUCUUCAAGCGGCUGAACAGCGACAUCAAGCGCCAGGCGGAUUCGGUGCUGUCCAAGGCCAACCGGGCAACGCAGUUUGAUGUGGCCAAGGCAAUUCGCACGGACACCAUAACGUACGGCCUGGAAUCGGCGUUGUCGUCCGGCAACUGGAUUAUCAAGCGGUUUCGGAUGGAGCGAAAAGGCGUUACGCAGGUCCUCAGCCGGCUGUCCUUCAUCGCCGCCAUGGGCAUGAUGACCCGCAUGACAAGUCAGUUCGAGAAGACGAGAAAGGUCAGCGGCCCCCGUGCGCUGCACCCCAGCCAGUGGGGUAUGCUGUGUCCCGCUGACACGCCGGAGGGGGAGAGCUGCGGACUGGUGAAAAACCUGGCGCUCAUGACACAUGUCACAACGGACGAGGAGGAGGUUUCCAUCUGCCGGCUGCUGGUGAUGCUGGGCACCGAGCCCAUCACCUCCCUCGCCCCGGCCGAGAUGCACGGUCAGGGUGGGGCGCUGGUAUUCCUCAACGGCAACCUGGUGGGGGUGCACCGCCGCCCGCACAGGCUGGUGAAGGAAGUCAGGGAGCUCCGUCGCGCGGGUCACCUGGGCGAGUUCGUACACGUGCACCUGCAGCAGGAUGCCUGUUAUGUGUCCGCGGACGGGGGCCGGGUGUGCCGGCCGCUGAUCAUCUGCGACGCGGGGGUACCCCGUGUACGACAGGAACACAUCACCAAGCUGCGAAGCGGCGAGUGGACGUUCCCGGACUUCCUCCGUCGGGGGCUGGUGGAGUACCUUGAUGUGAAUGAAGAGAACGUGUCGCUCAUCGCGUUGUACGAGAAGGACUGCAACAAGAUGACCACCCACUUGGAGAUCGAGCCCUUCACCAUUAUGGGCGUCGUCAGUGGCCUCAUCCCCUUCCCCCAUCAUAACCAGUCGCCAAGAAACACAUACCAGUGCGCCAUGGGCAAGCAGGCCAUGGGCAACAUCGCCUACAACCAGCUGAGCCGCAUGGACACGCUGCUGUACCUGCUGGUGUACCCGCAACGGCCGCUGCUCACCACCCGCACCAUCGAGCUGGUGGGCUUCGACAAGCUGGGGGCGGGACAGAACGCCUCCGUGGCUGUGAUGAGCUAUAGCGGGUACGACAUUGAGGAUGCCAUCGUCAUGAACAAGUACUCGCUGGAUCGUGGUUUCGGGCGCUGCAUCGUACUGAAGAAGUACGGCUGCAGUUUGCGCAAGUACGCCAACCGCUCACACGACCGCAUCGUGGCUCCGCUGCCGGCUCCGGGCCAGAAGAGCGUCCAGUCACGAUUCAGGCUGUUGGACCGCGACGGUAUCGCCAGUGUGGGUGACUACAUCCUGCCGGGGGACGUGUACAUCAACAUGCAGCGGCCUUCCAACACCCGAGACCCACUGCCCGCAUCCAACAUGCCGGACUCCUUUUACAGGGCGGGGGAGGGUUGCACACGGGCAGGGCAGGCACUGGGGUUUUGUUCGAGCGUGGGAGGGGGAGGAAGGGAGGGAGCCAACAAGCAUUGUGUGUGGGGGAUGAGGGUGCUGAUUCGCCACACGCGGCGGCCGGAACUGGGUGACAAGUUCAGCAGUCGGCACGGGCAGAAGGGUGUGGUGGGUAAUAUUGUACGGCAGGAGGACUUCCCCUUCAGCGAACGCGGCGUGUGUCCGGACCUUAUCAUGAAUCCACACGGUUUCCCCAGCCGUAUGACGGUGAGGGGGGUUUCGGGGGGUGGAGUUGGGGGGCAGGGGGUUUGCGGGUUUUGGGGAAGGUGGGGGAGUAGGAGGAUGGGAGAGAAUCUUUCCCCCUUGCCGCAUCACCUUCACCCUCUCAUGGUUCGUCGUCCCUCCCCCCCCCCUUCCGUCUCUCCAGGCGAGCCCUUGGAGGCCUACAUCUUCAUGGGUCCCGUCUACUACCAGAAGCUGAAGCAUAUGGUGCUGGACAAGAUGCACGCGCGAGCUCGGGGGCCGCGUGUGGUGCUGACCCGGCAGCCCACGGAGGGGCGCUCCCGGGAUGGCGGGUUGCGGUUGGGGGAGAUGGAGCGCGACUGCCUGAUCGCCUACGGGGCGUCCAUGUUGCUGCUGGAGCGGCUGAUGAUCAGUUCGGACCAGUUCGAGGUGCGGUGCGUGUGCGUGCAUGUAUGUAUGUAUGUAUGUAUGUAUGUGUGUAUGUAUGUAUGCGAGGGUCGAGGUACAAGAUACAGUACCUGCUUGUGGCUCUGUAUGUCUUUCUGCAUGUCCCUUCCUCCAUCCCCAGUGCUCGCAUGGAGGCGCGUCCGCAGUGGUCCCUCCCUUUCUCUCUCUUUCCCUCCCUAA